AUGGGGCGAGUUUCGUGUUGGGUUGUCGGCUGGCCACCAUACUCUGGACAGAUACUCAACACCCAAUUCCCUCCUGGACACAUCAGCGAUGAGCGUCGAUAUUUGGAUAUGAACAAAACUUCCAUCACAAAUAGCAGGCGGGCAUCGUCUCCAAAACCUUCAAAUGACUGGCCUUCAAACGACUCGCAAACUCUACUCACGCCGUACACAUCUGAGGAAGCACAUGUCCAAGACUUCCGUAACGCGAAUGAUCAGUGUUGCCCUGAGGAAACUGUCGAUAAGCGCAUAGAUGAGUCCAAUGAGCACAACGAGAACUUUGGCAUUUCACGCAACCGACGUAAAUAUGGCCAUCUUGAAGUUGAUACUGUGCCCCCGCAACUCGGUACCAGGGAGCAAACCAUCGGUACUGCUGCUGCAUCAGCAAAGUCUGCACCAAUUUCAUGGCACGAGCUACCUCGCAAAGACCAGCUCUUUGUCAUUACGCUGGCGCGACUAUCCGAACCUUUGACCCAAACUUCACUCGGCUCGUACCUUUUCUACCAACUGCAGUCUUUUGACCCCUCGCUUCCCGACUCUACAAUUGCCUAUCAAGCAGGUAUCAUUCAAGCAGCCUUUCCGGCAGCACAGUUCCUAACAGCCAUCCUUUGGGGUCAUGUAGCAGAUCAUGAACAUGGCGGUAGGAAGCGAGUCAUCUAUCUCGGCCUGCUAGGGACCAUGCUUAGUGUCAUUGGAUUUGGCUUUUCGCACAACUUCACUACAGCGGUAGCAUUCAGAUGCAUAGGUGGCGUCCUCAACGGAAACAUAGGUGUCAUGAGAACAAUGAUUAGCGAGAUCAUCAAAGAGAAGAAGUAUCAGAGCCGCGCCUUCUUGAUCUUACCGAUUACUUUCAAUAUCGGUGUCAUCAUUGGCCCCAUUCUUGGUGGUUUACUUGCAAACCCGACUGCAAGCUACCCUUGGCUUUUCGGUCCCGGGUCCUUUCUAGGUGGUCAAGAUGGCGUGCUAUGGAUGCGACGUUGGCCAUACGCUUUGCCAAAUCUCAUGAGCGCAGUAUUUCUCCUCUGGUCUGGGCUUAGUGUCAUACUAUUUCUAGAAGAGACCAGCGAGCUUCGCAAAGACAAAGUCGACUCAGGCCUACGUAUUGGCCGCUGGAUAGCGCAACACACAUUUUGCAGAAUAUUCGCAUCUAACGCUGGCUAUUCUGCAAUUCCAUUCGACGAGGAGACCACUAGUACGAGUUUCGAGCUACAACCAAGCCCAACGACACUUCACCCAUCCGCCGAUGCACAAUUCGAACAUGCUGGGAAGCCUCAACGGCAGAAGCUUCCCUUUAGACGAAUUUGGACCCGCAAUUUGAUUAUAACGCUCUGCGCACAUGGAGUCCUUGCUAUGCAUCUCGGGGGUUUCAAUAGCCUCUGGUUUAUCUACCUAUCGACUCCAAGGUUCAAUCCUUUAGAACCGUCUCCACCUGGCUUCAAGCCGCACGAUUUCAUACAUUUCACUGGUGGUCUGGCACUACCGCCUCCUCACAUUGGAAUUGCUUUGGCUGUUCUAGGAGUCAUUGGAAUCAUCCUCCAGCUGUUUCUCUAUCCUCAACUCUCACAUCGUCUGGGUACAGCCAAGAGUUAUCGCAUCUUCCUCGCCUUGUUCCCCAUCGCAUAUGCAUUAGCACCAUUUCUCAGUUGUGUACCGAGUUGGACAAAACCACCAGAUGGUGUGAGUGGUCCUUGGAUCUGGAUAGCUAUAACUACUGUUCUCUACAUACAGGUCCUGGCUCGUACGUUCGCUCUCCCAUGUACAACCAUCUUGAUCAACAAUACCAGUCCACAUCCUUCGGUGCUCGGAACUGUGCAUGGUAUUGGUCAAUCGGUUUCUAGCUUGACGAGAACCUUUGGGCCCAUCAUGUUCGCGUGGGCUUUUGGCAAAGGCCUUGAUCUCGGCAUUGUUGGACUGGCUUGGUGGUCGAUGUCUGCUGUUGCGGUCAUCGGCUGCGUCGUUGCUCAGGGUGUGAAAGAAGGAGAUGGGCAUGAAUUAUUACUAAAGAACGAACCUAGAGGCCACUCCAUCAAUCGAAUGGCUGACCCGGACCGCGUGCGCCCACGCCCAGUGUUCACACACUGCGGGGAAACGCUCAAGACUUGGCGGCGUGCCAAGAUCGUGCUUUUUUCAAGGUCCGGAGCAAUUUUCAUGUCUGGGACCCAGGACAAUAUUCAGUAUCUUCAGGCUCGGUCUUUCGGAGCCCACGAGCAGAUGUGCCGUCCCAUGUACCGUGUGGAGGGAUGUCUGAUUCUUUUUUCAGAUCGAAUUCAGAUUCACUCCUACAUCUUCGAUUCUCCAAGCCAUUCACAGUUUUCCGAUAUGCGCCACGCAUUUGCGUUGAUUAGGGCCGGCGUGCUUUUCUCGCAAGUUUGCUCUGCCAAAUGGCUUCUUCCUCAGGCCCGCAAUUUCAUCUACAUUGUUCCAGACGGCUUCGGGGUAGCAUCUCAGUCAUUAGCACGGGAUUAUGCAUCGCUGCUGCGAAAUGGAGAAGACCCCAUGGCACCAGUAUCCAUACAAUUGCCAGCUGAUCGCCUUGUUAUAGGAAGUGUCAGGACCAUGUCAAGCGACAACUUGAUCACUGACUCUGCAGCAAGUGCGACCGCAUUUGCUUGUGGCGAAAAGACUUACAACGACGCUGUUGGCGUCGACGAUGAUGGUCAGCCGUUGGGAACCAUCUUAGAGGCAGCGAAAGGCGAAGGCUUCAAGACGGGCUUGGUUGUAACUUCUGUGAUCAAUCAUGCAACUCCAGCAUGCUAUUCAGCACACGUAGCUGAUCGAGACUCUUAUGAAAAAAUUGCCGAACAGCAGAUUGGAUACUCACAUCCCCUUGGUCCACAAGUCGAUAUUCUCAUGGGAGGUGGCCGCUGCUACUUUAAGCCACAGUCUGAUCCUACAUCUUGUCGGGAAGAUGAUAUUGAUCUCUUUGGCUACGCAGAAAGUAUGGGUUAUCACGUCAUGCAAGACCGCGCGUCAUUUGAUCAAUUUGCAAAGAUAAACAUGACUGUAAAUGCAACUAAUUUGCCAUACAUUGGGCUGUUUGCUGACGAUGGAUUGAUGUACCAUAUCGAUCAAAUGCAACAACCCAGCCUUGAACCGUCACUUCUCGAGAUGGUGCAAGUGGCUCUCAGCUCCCUUGAUCGUGCGACGAAAGCCACACCUCAGGGUUACUUCAUCAUGAUCGAGGCCAGCCGUAUUGAUCACGCAGGCCAUGCUAGCGAUACUGUUGCCCAUCUUCAUGAUGUCUUGAUGUACAACGAAGUCCUAGACUAUGUGCGUGAAUGGAUUGAUGCUCAUCCGGAUACUAUGAUGCUUUCCGCCGCUGAUCACGAAUGCGGCGGCCUGACACUCAAUGGAUUCAACCCGCUACCACUCCGCAAGGCGAACAUGUCGGCCGAGUAUGCCGAGUCCCUCUGGGAAACCUACAAUGGCACAGACCGCCGUGGAUACCUCUCCACCACGAUCCUCCCUGGAUACGGCUUGGCGGAUCUUUCCGAAUCGGACAUGACGUCCAUAUUGGAAAGCGAAGACAUCGCUUCAGAAUUGACCGAGCGCAUGAGCGAAAAGGCAGGAGUCAACUGGUCUACAGGCGGUCAUACCGCGAGUGAUGUCACGUUGUACGGAUACGCGAGUGCGGACAUGGGAUGGAGGUUGAGAUCCGAUAUGGCUGGCAAUUGGGAUAACACAGAGCUUCCAAGAUACCUCGAAGGAGUCCUGGGUGUCAGUAUGGCCACUGUGACGGAAAAGCUCAGAGCAGCAAAUGGGACGUGGGUUGGCAAGCGAGAUCUGAGCUCAAUGAAAAAGAGGCAUAUACAUGGCCAUUGA